AUGAUACACAACGUCGCCAUUACAUCGGCCGCUCUGUUUGCCGUCUUGGCAUCAGCAGCAGCAACUAUUGACAAGAGGAUUGUCGGCGGAGUGGCUGCUAAGGAGGGUGAAUUCCGAUACAUAGUUGCCAUUUAUGACGAGAAAGGCGACCGUUUUUGUGCAGGCACUUUGUUGAAUGAGAGGUCUGUUGUUACUGCUGCUCAUUGCGUUGACAAAGCUCAUCAUGUAAAGGCAGGAACCCUGAAUCAUAAGGCCUGCGGGGUGACUGUAAAGGUUGCAUCGGGAAAGAAGCACCCAAAUUACAAAAGCAACGCUCUCCAUGACAUUGGCAUGUUGAAACUAGUUUCUGCGAUUCAAGAGAGCGAUAGGAUUGUCUUUGCAAAACCGUCUCCAAAAGGUCCCAUUCCCCUGGCCAGUUCUACUGCAAUAGUUGCCGGCUGCAAGGGGCCUGACAAUCCCAUUCGACGGGACUCCUAA